AAGCGAGUUAGUAAGGUUAUUUUCCCGGGAAAAUUAACUGCGUCUUUACUCUUUACUCUUUAGAUUUCCCGGGAAAAUUAACAGCUUUUCUCUCUCUCUCCUCUCUCGAAUCUGGAUCGUCUCCUACAUCUCUAACAAAUCUCUCUAAGCUCUCUCCUCUCUUCGAUCCUCCAAUGGAGGAUCAUUCCGUGCCACCACUGAGCAACAACCAAAGCCCGCAUUCGCCUCCCUCGUCUUCCUCGCAGCUGAAUCUCCCCUCCGCCAUGUCCAGGACCUCCCUCGCGCUCGAAACCCUAACUCCGUCCCGCCAAAUCGACCGCAUGAUCAACUCCAACCACUCGCAGUCUCCGUCGCGAACCAUCUACUCCGACAGAUUCAUCCCUAGCAGAUCCGGCUCCAACUUCGCCCUCUUCGACAUCUCUCCGCCGGCAAACUCGCCGGCCGAUGGCCGGGAGGACCACUCCAGCGCCUACGCCGCUCUCCUUCGGACCGCGCUCUUCGGUCCCGAGGCCGGCGUCGCGGCUCCGGUCACGCCGGAGAAGAGAAGCUUCGCGAUGAGUCAGCCGAGCCGGAACAUCUUCCGGUACAAGACCGAGACUCGCCGCUCGAUGCACUCGCUUUCGCCGUUCGGAUUCGAUGACGCCGUCCCGGGAGUUCACAAUAGUCCCGUAAAGGCUCCGAGGAAGGUUCCGAGGUCGCCGUAUAAGGUUUUGGAUGCGCCUGCAUUGCAAGACGAUUUCUAUCUGAAUCUUGUGGAUUGGUCUUCGCAUAAUGUUUUAGCUGUGGGAUUGGGCAAUUGCGUUUAUUUAUGGAAUGCUUGUAGUAGCAAGGUGACUAAGUUAUGCGACUUGGGAAUCGACGACAGUGUCUGUUCUGUGGGUUGGGCUCAGCGUGGGACGCAUCUUGCUGUUGGUACUAGCAAUGGAAAAGUCCAGAUUUGGGAUGCAUCUCGCUGUAAGAAGGUAAGAACGAUGGAGGGCCAUCGAUUACGUGUUGGGGCCUUGGCUUGGAGUUCAUCUUUGUUGUCUUCUGGUAGCCGGGACAAGAGUAUUCUUCUACGAGAUAUACGUGCUCAGGAUGAUUUUGUUAGUAAACUUUCUGGCCACAAGUCAGAGGUUUGUGGAUUGAAAUGGUCGUAUGAUUACCGCGAGUUAGCAUCAGGGGGUAAUGAUAAUAGACUGUUUGUCUGGAAUCAGCAUUCAACUCAGCCAGUAUUGAAAUACUGUGAGCAUACAGCAGCAGUGAAAGCCAUUGCAUGGUCUCCCCAUCUUCAUGGACUUCUUGCAUCUGGUGGAGGAACUGCAGACAGAUGUAUUCGUUUCUGGAAUACAACCACUAACUCACACUUGAGCUGCAUGGACACCGGAAGCCAGGUCUGUAAUCUUGUAUGGUCUAAAAAUGUGAACGAACUUGUGAGCACCCAUGGAUACUCCCAAAACCAGAUAAUAGUUUGGAGAUAUCCUACCAUGUCAAAGCUGGCAACUCUCACGGGUCAUUCCUACCGUGUCCUAUAUCUUGCUAUCUCACCAGACGGACAGACAAUUGUCACAGGUGCCGGAGAUGAAACACUUAGAUUUUGGAACGUUUUCCCUUCUCCUAAAUCUCAGAACACAGACAGUGAAAUUGGAGCAUCAUCUCUUGGAAGAACCGUUAUUCGGUAACCGCAGGCGUUCUGCUAGCUUACUGCUUACUUGGCAUCCUCCAGAACUUGUCGUGCCUUCACAGGAUGAGCAAAGAAUCUGAUUAUCUCGCCACCUGAAAUUCAUCAUGCUCAAAGAGCUACAUCAAACUGUUGCCUAAAAUCAAGCACAUGGGCGGCCGGGAUUCUGCCGGGACUGAAAGGCUUAAGGAGGAGUUGAAAAGAGUGGAAUUUCCCUUGUUCCACUCCAAAAAAGAUUAUUCUUACAUAUAUAUAUAUAUUUUUUUGUUUCCCACUUAAUAGAGGUUUGUAUAUAGAGGGAGGUGUUGUCAAUUACUUGUACCUGCUCGCUUGCGUUGUAUAUUUGAAAGAGAAAAACACUAUAUUUAUGUUUUUAAACAUUUUGGUGUAGCACAUUUAAAGAAUUCUCAUUGUAAAUAAAUUUAUCAUUCUUCUUCACAAUUUUGUAGCUUUCUUGUUCCAGCCACGAGAGGUAUUUUCUGUC